GCUACUCCUACAGAGAGGCUGGCGGGCGGACCGGGCGCACGUGAUGGCCUGAGGAGGAGGACGACGAUAUGAUGCCGCCGCCUCAGGUUGCUACGCCCGCGCCGUGCCCGUGGGGGAGACGGCGUAUUCGCUUCGGGCCCUUAUUGCCGACCGCCGAAGUAACCUCCCUCCCCCCGCUGCAGGCACGCCAGAUGCUCGACAUAAUGCCAUGGUGCUCACGGCAUUCAUUUUACAUCCUCCCGAGAAACCAACCAAGGCGGAGGAGGGCUAGUAUAUACGUGAAGAAUCUUGUACCAUAGUCCGUGCGUCGCCGAGUUUCGCCGCUGCUUAUUGGUACCUCCUUCAAGUACAGAGCAAAAGCUCCUCCAUAUCAAAGAUGAGCUUCAGAUCUGUUGAGCAGUUACUUAGGAGGAACAACAAGACCAAAAUUUCUUGCAGUGUUGUUGAUGGCGUCCGUGACCAGAAGGAAGAGCAGUAUGUGCAAUCCUUGAGGGAGUUACUUCUUUCAAGCAACCAACUCCCAGAGAAGUUUGAUGACUAUCAUGUCCUUCUACGCUUUCUAAGAAUGAGAGGCUUCAACAUCUUAGAGGCAAAAGAGAUGUUCUUAAAUAUGUUAAAAUGGCGUGAAGAUUGUUCUGUUGAUACCAUUGCAAAUGAUUUUAAAUUUGAGGAGUAUGAUGCUGUGAAAAGAUGCUAUCCUCAUGGAUUUCAUGGAGUUGAUAGAUUUGGCAGGCCUCUAUAUAUCGAACGGAUUGGCUUGGUGGAUCUCAGUAAGCUCAUGCAAGUGACUAGUAUUGAUCGCUAUGUAAAAUAUCAUAUAUCAGAACAAGAGAGAACUAUAUCUGUGAGAUAUCCUGCUUGCUCAGUUGCGGCUAAAAAGCACAUUACCUCUACAACAGCCAUAUUGGAUGUGAAAGGAUUGGGGAUGAACAACUUCUCAAAAUCUGCAAGAGAGAUGUUCAUAGAGAUCCAAAAGAUCGAUAGCAAUUACUAUCCAGAGACACUAAAUCAACUUUACAUAAUCAAUGCUGGAUCUGGAUUUAGAGCACUGUGGAAAGUAUUGAAAUCAUUCAUGGAGGCAAGAACUUUAGCAAAGAUUCAGGUUCUGGGGACCAAUUACCUUAACACAAUAUUAGAAGCUGUUGACCCAAGCAAUUUACCAGAUUUUUUGGGUGGAACAUGCACUUGUUCUGCAACAGGAGGAUGCUUGCUUCAAGAUAAAGGACCGUGGACUGACCCGGAAAUGGUUCGUGCUUCUAAGGAGCCUUCUGCAAGACAAGUAGAUUCCACUUCUGGUAGGAAAAGAACUCUUGGCAUGUUGUUAAAGGAAAACCAGGUUGACAUUGAUAGAAGCGAAAAUAUUCAGCAGAAACAAGUCAAUGAACAGAUCUCAGAGAAGAUCAGAGAACUUGAAGAAUGCGCUGCUCAGACUAAGGAGACCCUGCAGGCACUAAUAUGCAAGCAACAAGAACUUGCCAGCCACAUCGAACAGUUGAGGAAAAUCCUUCGUGUGAGCGCAGAUAAGAAAGGCAACAUACAAAACUUGAAGUGAAAAAUGUGCUUCCACAAAAGAGGAGAAAGGGAAAAGGGCAAAAAAGAAGUAACCAUUGCAUUGCAAAGAAGAAAUAGGCACUUUACAUAGUUUUCAGUGAUGAUUCUUUAACCCCUAUCAGAUGGUAAAAUAUUAAGUUGCGGAUGCCAUAGUACACCAUGAUGAUUUCGCAGUGCAGUGCAGUGUACUUCUCGCCUAUGCGGGGUCUACGGCCUACGGUUGUACCGCGACAUCUCAGGAGUUCUGUAUCAUGUUAAAUGUUACUCCUGUAAUUUACCACCCAUCCAAAUUUCAUGAGUAAAGUUCUCUCUUGCCGAGACUCAAUUCGAUUAAUGCAGUGAUCUUCAAUCACUCAGCACUUUGAGGCUUCAUUUGGCAUCAUGGUGUCAUUCAAUU